CCAUUUCUUUGCCUUUCAUUAGCAACUAUACAAAGGCCAGCUCAGCUCACUAAAAUAAUUGGAGAGAACUCUCUGUAUAUAUGAUCCAUGGCAGCCAAGGAGGAGGAGGAGGAGAAGUGAUGGGAAACAGCCUGCGGUGUUGCUUGGCUUGCGUGCUCCCUUGCGGCGCCCUCGACGUCGUCCGCAUCGUCCACCUCGACGGCAACGUCGAAGAGUACAGCCGCCCAGUUCACGCUGGCAAGAUCCUCUCCGCCAACCCUUACCACGUCCUGACCACGCCCUGCUCGCCAGGCGUGGCCUCUCGCAAGAUCCUGAUCGUGUCUCCGGAAACCGAACUAAAACGGGGUCGAAUCUACUUCCUCAUCCCGGGGACAUCGCUGCCGACACCGGGGGAGAAGAAGAAGAGGAAGGUAUCGCGGAGGAAGCAGAAGCUGGAGAAGGAAGCGGAGAGAGAGACGCACCUGGAGUCGAAGGCGGCGUGCCACCUCCGCCGGCGGAACGGCCGCGUCGGCCUGUGGCGGCCGAACCUCGAGAGCAUAUCGGAGGACUGAAAAAAGAUUAUGGCCUCUGUUUCUUUGACAUGGCUCAAAAAGCUGAUCAAUUUCCAACCCAUGCACAUUCAUUCAUUCAUCCAUGGCUUCUCACAAGAUACAAAGAAGAGUGAAGAGUAAUUAGACAAUACGAAGGCAGAUCCUGCGUUUAGUUUUCAGGUUCAUCUUGUCAAGUAAAAUUAAAAGUGAGAAGUGAAAGAAAACAAGAGACCACUUUUGAUUCUUCAACUGUACAUUUCAGAAGCUUUAUAGAGCUGUAAAUUUCAAUAUCCAAAUUUGUCAUUUAAUGCAGCUAAUUUGGAUCCUUCCUGGUCGAUCCAAGUGCUAUUAUAAUUCUGAAGGUAUCUGUCAGU